AUGAUUAUAGACUGUAGAGGUGACAAGAACAAUACCACUACAACUGCAUCAAUCAUCAAAGAUGGCGGAAGCAGCAACAACAAUGCCGCAUUAAAACCAUUGGAAAAUAAAAUACUCUCACAAACGCAAAUUCAAACAUCACCUAUGUUAUUAUCAUCAACAAUCAGCAGUCAUAAUGAACAACCGUAUUUAAAGUCAGCGCUAGCCGCUACCAACAACCACAAACCACAAUAUUCCUCACAAGUUCAAUUCACCAAUACUAUGACUAGUAAUUAUAAUAAUAAUAAUAAUAUUAAUCACACACUUGAUAAAAGUAAUGUUAAUCAGUAUAUGCAUAAUUAUAUUACUAGUAAUAAUAAUAAUAAUAAUAAUAAUAAUAAUAAUAAUAAUAAUAAUAAUUACUGUAAUAAUGACAGACUAAAUUUAAACAAUCCUUCCUAUCCAAUAAGAAACAUCAUAUCAACUAGGAAUAUUACCGAUAGGAAUGAAACUAAUAAUAAUAAUAAUAAUAAGCUCAAUACUCGUAAUCAACAUUCAUUAAUACCUGUAUUUCAAAAGAAUUCAAUUGGAGCGAUUGCUUCAAUAACAAUGAAUAGUACUACUAUGGCGACUGUGACUACAACGACUACCACGACGACUAACCCUACAGUGUCUAGUUGUUGUUUAUUGAAAGAAAAUUAUUUAAGUUUGAAUUCAGAUGAAUAUAAAAUAAACAGUGAAAUUACUACAAGUUACGAAAAAACUGAUAUCACACAUAAAUAUUUAAACAAUGCUAAAAGUGCAUCUGCAUCAGAUUUAAGUCAUUCUGGAGAAAAAAUCAAUUCGAAAACUUUACUUAAUCUUUCUCUUCUCAAACCAACAACAACAACUGAACGAUCAUCUUCAUCAUCAUCAUCAUUAAUGUUGAAUAAAUCAUCUGUUGCUGCCUUGACGAAUACCAAUAAUAAUAACAAUACAGAAUCAAAUUCUUUCACUGAUUUAUCAAAUAUAUCGGAUAAUUUAAAGAAUCCCAUUUGUCGACAUCCGAAAAUAACAAUCAUACGUGAAGAUAAUCAUAGUAAGAAUGUUAAUAAUAAUAAGAAGAAUAACGAUAGUAAAGCGAAAACUCAUUCCUAUCCAAAAUUACCAACAACCAAUCAUCAAUCGAAUCAUAGUCGGAAGGAGACACAAUCAUCCACAUUAUCCUACAAUAAUAGUAAUAAUAAUAAUAAUAACCGGUUACAUAGUAUCCAUCAUCAUAGUCAAUCAUCGUUGUCAAAUGAUGAUAAGGGCAAAAUCAAUUCGAUCACAUGGAAAAUACCUGCCAUUUCCACUAGAACAAUAGAACAUUAUAGUUCCAAUGAAGAGUUUGAAGUGGAUACUUCAACUUCCGAGAAACAAAUGCAUUCAACUACUACUACUGCUACUACUGGUGGUAGUUAUAGUAGUCAUCAGUUGAAUUCAAACAGAAUGAAUUCAUUAAAACAAUACAAUCAUUAUAAAUCUACACCGAAUAUUAUCAUUAAUAAUACAACAAUGAAAAAAGGCAAAACAUCAAAAUUGACAAAAAUUAAAGAACCAUAUGUUACACAUAUAGCUAGACCAUUGAAACCAGAAUUUUCAUAUACUACUACUAAUAAUAAUAAUAAUAGUAAUAUUCAUCAACUCAGUACAUUAAGUGAACAAGAUUUAUCAAUUAAAUCAGAGAAAUUAAUUGAUAGAGAAACUAAUCGACGACAUAGUGAAUUAGAUAAAUUAAAUCAAUUUCAAAAUGGUGAUGUUCAAUUGAAUUCAUUCAAUAAUAAUAAAUUAACCAAUCAAAUGAACAAAUCCAAUGGCAGCCAUAUUGAUUCACAAGAUAAUGUUCAAUUUUUUUCAACAUAUCGACAUAAUAGUUAUGAUCAGAAUUUACAUAAGAAAUCAGAUGAAAACCUUGUCAAUGGACAUUUUAUUCAACCAAUUAUUAUACAACGCAAACAAUAUACAUCAAAUCAUAUUGUGACAAAUAAAUCUUUAGAUAAUAAAAAGAAUUUUUCAUUAUUUUCUGAGAACAAUGAAAAUCAAUCAAUGAAUCAUUAUAAUCAUUUGAAAAAUUUUCAUUCCGAAUCUUCAUCGGAUCAUUUAAAUGGUCGGUUAAGUUAUCAUCCAUCGGAAGAAUCAUUGACUGGUGGACUGAAAUCAACAAUCAAUGGAUUUCACAAUCAUAACAAUAACAAUAGCAAUAAUAACAACAAGUCAACUCAUGAUUAUUCUGUCGAGACAAAAUGCAAUGGAAUUUAUCGUAAAAUUAUUAAUCAAAAACAAUCGAAUCGUAUCUUGCCUAGACGACCACGUUCUUUAAUACAAAAUGUUCCAUAUGAUGAGAAAACGAAUUUGCAUGAUUUGUGUAAAUCAUCCAAUCGAUUAUGUAAUCAUUGCAACAACAGCACUCAUCAUCAUCGCCUGAAUGAGCAUUCACAUAGUUAUAAUAGUAUAUAUGACAGUUACACUAAUGAUUCUGAUACGGACAUUGAUGAUGACGAUGAUGAUGAUCAGUUGGAUGUGAAUGAAUUAUGCAAUUGUAAGGAAUCGAUCGGUUACAGGCAUUCGGUCACACCGAGUGCAUUUCGAAAAUUCGAUUGUCCACAAACAUAUACUACUACUCAUAAUACUACUCAUCAUCAUUAUAGUAAUAUGAUGAUUAAUGAUGGUUACAAUUCCUUUGAUUAUCGAUGUAGUCAUGAUAUAGCCAAUCGUACACGAACAUGGACAAUUACAGAUGUGGAUACAAUGUAAGUAGUAUAAUGUGUUAUUUUACGUUUGAUGUUUUUAAUGUUAUGCUGAUGUUACGCACUGC